CGUCAGGGCUGGCCGGUGGCGGAGGAGGCGAUGGCAGCGGACACGGAGCGGGCUUGAGGGCUCGGACCUGCUCCCUCCCGCGCGACCUCGGGCCCGACCCCGCGCUGCGGCCCCAGCUCGCUCCGCUCCGCUCCUGCUCCCUCCCCGACCGCUGCCUGGGAGGAGGCGGAGGCGGAGUCCCGGGCCGGCCGUCCUGUUCGCGCCCCGGCUCGGCCCCGGACAGCCCGGCAACUGUGCAAAGAGGAGGCCGAGUCGGUAGUGAAAAGAGAAUCCCGAAGAACAGGAUCUCAAGAUGAGUAAAAAGCCCCCAAAUCGUCCUGGAAUCACUUUUGAGAUUGGUGCUCGUUUGGAGGCACUGGACUACUUACAAAAAUGGUAUCCAUCACGAAUUGAAAAAAUUGACUACGAGGAGGGCAAGAUGUUGGUCCAUUUUGAGCGCUGGAGUCAUCGUUAUGAUGAGUGGAUUUACUGGGAUAGCAAUAGAUUGAGACCCCUUGAGAGACCUGCAUUAAGAAAAGAAGGGCUAAAAGACGAGGAAGACUUCUUUGAUUUUAAAGCCGGAGAAGAAGUUCUGGCUCGUUGGACAGACUGUCGCUAUUACCCUGCCAAGAUUGAGGCGAUUAACAAAGAAGGAACUUUCACAGUUCAGUUUUAUGAUGGAGUUAUUCGUUGUUUAAAGAGAAUGCACAUUAAAGCCAUGCCCGAGGAUGCUAAGGGGCAGGUGAAAUCCCAGCAUCCACUAAGCUGGUGUUGUCCUAUCGACCCAGCUGGAUCGUGUAACCAGUCUAUGGGAAGUGAGGAUUGGAUAGCUUUAGUCAAAGCAGCUGCUGCAGCUGCAGCCAAGAAUAAAACAGGGAACAAACCUCGGACUAGCGCUAACAGCAAUAAAGAUAAAGAGAAAGAUGAGAGAAAAUGGUUUAAAGUACCUUCAAAAAAGGAAGAAACUUCAGCUUCUAUAGCCACACCAGAAGUUGAGAAGAAGGAAGAUCUGCCCACAUCUAGUGAAACAUUUGUAGGACUUCAUGUAGAGAACGUUCCAAAGAUGGUCUUUCCACAGCCAGAGAGCACAUUAUCAAACAAGAGGAAAAAUAAUCAAGGCAACUCAUUUCAGGCAAAGAGAGCUCGACUUAACAAGAUUACUGGUUUGUUGGCAUCCAAAGCUGUUGGGGUGGAUGGUGCUGAAAAAAAGGAAGACUACAGUGAAACGGCUCCAAUGCUGGAGCAGGCGAUUUCACCUAAACCUCAAAGUCAGAAAAAAAAUGAAGCUGACAUUAGCAGUUCUGCCAACACUCAGAAACCUGCACUGUUAUCCUCAACUUUGUCUUCAGGGAAGGCUCGCAGCAAGAAAUGCAAACAUGAAUCUGGAGAUUCUUCUGGGUGUAUAAAACCCCCUAAAUCACCACUUUCCCCAGAAUUAAUACAAGUCGAGGAUUUGACGCUUGUAUCUCAGCUUUCUUCUUCAAUGAUAAAUAAAACUAGUCCUCCACAGCCUGUGAACCCCCCUAGACCUUUCAAGCAUAGUGAGCGGAGAAGAAGAUCUCAGCGUUUAGCCACCUUGCCCAUGCCUGAUGAUUCUGUAGAAAAGGUUUCUCCUCCCUCUCCAGCCACUGAUGGGAAAGUAUUCUCCAUCAGUUCUCAAAAUCAGCAAGAGUCUUCAGUACCAGAGGUGCCUGAUGUUGCACAUUUGUCACUUGAGAAACUGGGACCCUGUCUCCCUCUUGACUUAAGUCGUGGUUCGGAAGUUACAGCACCGCUAGCCCCAGAUCCCUCUUACCAUAAUGAAUGUCCCAGGGCAGAAAAGGAAGAUACACAGAUGCUUACAAAUCUUUCUUCCAAAGCAGUAACUGAUGGAAGAGGAGCUCCAACAGCAUCAGGAAUAUCGAAAACAGAAAAAAAAGUGAAAUUGGAAGAAAAAAGCUCAACUACAUUUGGUAAGAGAAAAGAAAAGGAUAAAGAAAGAAAAGAGAAGAGGGACAAAGAUCACUACAAACCAAAGCAGAAGAAGAAGAAGAAAAAGAAAAAGAAAUCUAAGCAGCAUGACUAUUCAGACUAUGAAGACAGUUCCCUAGAAUUUUUGGAAAGGUGCUCUUCUCCACUAACUCGAUCUUCUGGGAGUUCUCUGGCUCUACGAAGCAUGUUUACGGAGAAAAAUACAACAUAUCAGUACCCAAGGGCAAUUUUGUCAGUUGAUCUUAGUGGUGAAAACUUAUCGGAUGUGGAUUUCCUAGAUGAUUCUUCAACGGAGAGUUUGCUCCUCAGUGGGGAUGAGUACAAUCAGGACUUUGAUUCAACCAAUUUUGAGGAAUCUCAAGAUGAAGAUGAUGCGCUUAAUGAAAUUGUGCGAUGCAUUUGUGAGAUGGACGAGGAGAACGGCUUCAUGAUUCAGUGUGAAGAGUGCCUGUGCUGGCAGCACAGCGUGUGCAUGGGGCUGCUGGAGGAGAGCAUCCCGGAGCAGUACCUCUGCUACAUCUGCCGGGACCCUCCAGGUCAGAGAUGGAGCGCAAAAUAUCGUUAUGAUAAGGAUUGGUUGAAUAAUGGGAGAAUGUGCGGGUUAUCAUUUUUAAAAGAAAACUACUCUCAUCUCAAUGCCAAAAAGAUAGUUUCCACACACCACCUGCUUGCUGAUGUCUAUGGUGUUACGGAAGUCCUGCAUGGGUUACAGCUGAAGAUCGGAAUCCUAAGGAAUAAACAUCAUCCUGACCUUCGUCUCUGGGCUUGUUCUGGGAAGAGGAAAGAUCAAGUAAUUGCUGGGGUAGAAAAAAAACUAAUGGUGCAAGACACAGUUAAUGUGGAAGAAAAGAAGUAUCAUGUACAGAACCAUAAAGAACCACCUCGUUUGCCCCUAAAAGUGGAGGGAACGUAUAUAACAAGUGAACACAGCUACCAAAAGCCACAGAGUUUUGGUCAAGACUGCAAAACUCUCGCAGACCCUGGGAGCUCAGAUGAUGAUGAUAUUAGUAGUUUUGAAGAAGAACAGGAAUUUCACAUGAGAGAUAAAAACCGUUUACAAUACCCAGUAAAAGGAGAUGGAAUGCCCGGAAAGAAUUCAGCUGAAAGGAAUACAGUAUUUGUUUAUAAUGAUAAAAAGGGCACUGAAGACCCGGGAGACUCACAUCUUCAGUGGCAACUCAAUCUCCUUACACACAUAGAGAAUGUGCAGAAUGAAGUCACCAGCAGGAUGGACCUGAUAGAAAAAGAAGUUGAUGUUCUGGAAAGCUGGCUUGAUUUCACAGGGGAGUUGGAGCCACCUGAUCCUCUCGCGAGGCUGCCCCAACUUAAACGCCACAUCAAGCAGCUCCUAAUUGACAUGGGCAAAGUACAACAAAUAGCAACUCUCUGCUCUGUAUGACAGCAGUGAACACCUAAUGCAAAGAAUGUGGCUCUGUUCAGUCGACUAAUUUUUAUUAUCCACACGGCUGCUAAGUGGAUAGUUAAAAAGCUUAGUGAUGUUUGGUCAUUUACUGAUUUGUGACAUCAGUAGGAUGGCACCUUGGAAAGGAAAAUGAAGAACAACUUUAUCAAGGAAGCUAAUAUUAAAAAAAUUUAUGAGCUAGAUACAAAUGAUAACGUGUCAUAUUCCAAGCAUCAGUGGAGGUAGAAUAUAAUCUGUGCUAAGGGAAUCAGAUUGGCAGGAUUUUUGAAAAGUUGCUAACAUGAAGCUCGAGAUACCUGUAGAAAGAAAUAUGGUGUAUUACAUAGUUUUUAGCGGAAAGAUCUAUGUUUAUAAACCAACAUUUGGCCCAAACCAAAAUUGUAGAGGAAAUUUAAAUUCUGGAGAGUUCUAUAAGCUUGUUGUAAGAACUGUC